AUGGCUCGUAAACAGAAAGCCAAACCAGACAACUGGAAUAAAUCCCUCCGCCGUCGCCCAGCGUCGCUCGACCAUUUGCUGCACAUUCCACAAGAUAGCGUCCUUGCAUAUGCAUCGCUGCCACCCACUCCCAUCUCACCUUCACCGCCCUCAUCUACGCCAGUGUCACCCACGUCCACCAAUUUCAAUAAAAUACCUUCGCCGCCAUUCUCGCUUUGGGAUUACCUACGGGAAGAGCUUCUGGCAACUGACUUUGAUUCGCACCAAGAGCUGAAAUGGGAGCGUGUCAGUAAUUUCCUUAAUAUUCCUAUAGCGAUUGAGCAUAUCAUUGGGUUCGGGUAUCUGCUUUGCCUGGACUCGUUUCUAUACACGUUCACCAUCCUCCCAAUUCGCUUUGCAAUCGCUCUGUGGCGUUUGCUAUCUUUCAAGCGGCUUCCACCUUCUCAAAAAGCAGACUUAUUACGAGCGUUGCUUCUUGUGGUUACAAUCGUUAUUUGCAUCCCAUUGACGGACGCAAGCAAGAUAUACCACACCAUACGCGGUCAGGAUACGAUCAAGUUAUAUGUCAUAUUCAACGCGCUCGAGAUGGCAGAUCGUUUGUGCGCAUCCAUAGGUCAGGAUAUGCUCGACUGCCUUUUCUCCCGUUCCAGUCUAGCCCAAUUCUCCUUCCGUCCCAUCGUCUACUUCUUCCUUGCUACCCUUUACACCGUCUCACAUACAUUCGUGAUGUUAUAUCAGCUUCUUUCACUCAAUGUCGCCAUCAAUGCAUACGACCACACCCUCUUAACCCUCCUCGUCUCCAACCAGUUUGUUGAAAUCAAAGCGUCCGUUUUCAAAAAGUUUGAAAAGGACAAUCUCUUCCAACUCACCUGCGCUGACAUUGUAGAGCGCUUUACACUCUCCCUCAUGCUUUUGGCCGUAGCCUUUCGGAAUCUCAUCGAUCUUACAGGAAGUGCCGGCCUUUUUGACGACGCGCUUCUCCCACUUAGUUUUGGGUGGUCGCAAGCCGGGGUACUCUGGACGAUAGGAUAUCCCGUGUUGUUAGUCAUGCUAUCUGAGUUCCUCGUGGACUCUCUCAAGCACGCUUUCAUUACUAAAUUCAACCAUAUACGGCCAACAGUUUAUGCUCGCUACAUGGACGUUCUAUGUCGGGAUCUCGCCUGUGGCAGCGCUGUUGGUCGAAGGAAGCACACAUACGUAGACCAAUCCCCGCUCGUUGCGCGUCGUUUGGGGUUUGCCCCGCUCCCCCUGGCUGUGCUCUCCAUCCUUAUAUGCGGACAGAAUGUUCGUGAGCUGGACGUGAAGUGGAGCGCUAUGGGGCUCCUGUUCUGGUUGUGCUUCCUGGGCGUGAAGAUCAUCCUAGGCGUGAACUUAGUCGGGUAUGCAACUUCAAGGCAGGAGAGCAUUGAAGCCGCAAAGAGGGCAGAGGAUAAGGAAAACGAUUUUGGGAGACCGGCAAUUGGGGAAGGCAAGGAAGAGAGGGCAUAUAAUAGCGAGCUGAAAGGGAUGCUAGAUGAUCCUAGAGACGAUGUUGUGAGGGUUGCAGAGAUGGGAGAGGGCACACAUCGUGGGAGGCAAAGAGUUAAGCUAGAGGAUCUUACAAGAUUUACGAUGGUCAAGAGAAUUUGGUGA